AUAGUCGUUCCACUUUUUAAAAAUUGGCCUUUUGGCUAUAACUGAACCGGUUACACGAGGAACGCACAUUUCGCAUUUCGAGCAAAGUGCGAAUUUCCAGGGCACAACUUUGCUCAAACGUUCCUCAAUUUCUCCAUUCAUCUGCUUCCUUCGGAAGACCACCAGCCGUUAUGUAAAAAAAGUGCUUCAUUUCUGUAGCAAGAAUUUCAUCAAUGGCUUUGUUUACUGCUCUCUGCCGGGCUUGCAUUUUGUAUGCUUUGCUGUUCUUCCCUGUGUGCUUCGCCGGCUUCGAGUUGGAGUACUCUUAUGUCACCAUAUCUCCACUCGGUGUUCCUCAGCAGGUUAUUGCAGUUAAUGGGAAUUUUCCUGGUCCUGUUUUAAAUGUUACAACUAAUGACAAUGUGGUGGUUAAUGUGAAGAACAAUCUGGAUGAAGAUCUUCUGGUUACCUGGUCAGGAGUUCAUAUGUGGCGUUCUUCUUGGCAAGAUGGAAAUCUGGGAACGAACUGCCCUAUCCCUUCAAAGUUGAACUGGACCUAUGAGUUUCAGGUCAAGGAUCAGAUAGGAAGUUUUCUCUAUUUUCCAUCCACAUUAAUCCAGAGAUCAUCUGGUGGCUUUGGUUCUUUCAUCGUCACCAAUCGCCCAGUUAUCAGUCUGCCUUUUGAUUUCCCUGAUGGGGAUAUAGUCAUAUUCAUUGGUGACUGGUUUACCAGAGAUCACAAGGCUUUGAGGGCUGACCUUGAUAAUGGUAAAGAACUGGGAAUGCCAGAUGGCGUCCUUAUAAAUGGAAAAGGACCCUACAGAUACAACUCUUCUCUUGUUCCUGAUGGCAUUAAUUAUGAAACCAUUAAUGUUGAUCCAGGCAAAACUUAUAGAGUUCGGGUGCAUAAUGUUGGAGUCUCAACUUGUUUGAACUUUAGGAUUCAAAGCCAUAAUUUGCUCUUAGUAGAGACAGAGGGAACUUAUACCUCUCAGCAGAACUUCACUAGCAUAGAUAUUCAUGUAGGGCAGUCCUACACUUUUUUGGUUGCAACAGACCAGAACGCGAGUAGUGACUACUAUAUUGUUGCAAGCCCAAGAUUUGUAAACCAAUCAAUUUGGCAGAAGGUUACUGGUGUUGCUGUUUUGCAUUAUUCCAAUUCCAUGGGUAAAGCAAACGGACCUCUCCCUGAUCCUCCCAAUGAUAUGUAUGAUACUUCCUAUGCGUUAAAUCAGGCCAUGUCCAUCAGGCAAAAUGUAUCUGCUAGUGGAGCCCGUCCGAACCCACAGGGGUCUUUCCAUUAUGGCUCCGUUAAUGUUACAGAUAUUUACAUCUUAAAGAGUUUCCCGCCAGUGAUGAUUGAAGGGAAGCGGCGAUCUUCUUAUAACAUGAUAUCCUUUGUUAAUCCUAAGACUCCAAUAAGGCUUGCUGAUGUAUAUGAUGUGCCGGGUGACUACAAGCUUGAUUUCCCAAAUAAGCCAAUGAACAGACCACCUAAGAUGGAUACAUCUAUCAUCAAUGGUACAUACAAAGGUUUCAUAGAAAUUGUAUUGCAGAACAAUGACAGCGUUGUCCAGAGUUUUCACAUGAAUGGUUACUCAUUCUUCGUUGUUGGGAUGGGAUACGGAGAAUGGACAGAGAACAAUAGGGGAUCAUAUAAUAGAUGGGAUGCAAUAUCCCGUUGUACUACUCAGGUAUUCGCUGGAGGGUGGACAUCAGUAUUGGUAUCUCUGGACAAUGUAGGGGUAUGGAACCUUAGAACAGAGAACCUUGACAGAUGGUAUUUAGGUCAAGAAACUUACCUCAGAAUUGUCAAUCCUGAAGAUACUGGAAAUAAAACAGAAUUGCCUGUGCCAGAAAAUGCACUUUACUGUGGUGCCCUUGCUUCAAUGCAGAAGCAUCCAACAUCUGCUGCAACCAUCCAUGAACGCAUAGGGCUGUUAUCAUCAUUACUGUUGAUGUUUGCAGCUGUCACUUACUUACAUGUUACCUGAGGUUUGACCAUUGUGCUUUAGAAUAGGAAUGGGGAUACUUUUGGAAUAUAUAUGUGUAUGGUAGGGAGUUUUGGGUUCUUUUGCUUUUAUGGUCCUAAUUUUAUUUAUUUGCUUUCAAAAUGUCCCACCAUGUCUAUUUGCACUCUAAGUCUGUGUAAUCACUCAUAUCACAGCAUUUUCCGCCAAAGGUGGUAUUUUUUAAAAUGUCUGAACUAAGACCACCCUGUGUUAGCA